CGAUUUGAUUUUUAUUUAGUUUCUCCUGUGGAGAGUUGGGGGUUAAGGAUCGCAGAUUAUUUUGCCAUUUUGAGCGUGGCAGGAGAGCCGAGUGCAUUCUCUUCUUUUUCAGAUGCACUGACCUCUUCGUUUCCAGCCUGGACGGAGAACGGCAGAUGCAAAGGGGAUUGUCAGGCGAGCACGAUUCUCCCCACGCCGCCAUGUACAGAAGCAGCUACCUGCGCGAAGUGCGCAAGGAGAAGUAUGAGCGCUCCGACGCUUACGAAGAGCUGCCGGAAUCGCCAGAGUUUGGCAGUCUCGCCCAAGCCCAAGGCCUGGAAAAUCUGCAGGAGCUCAAUGAACGGUUCGCCAACUACAUCAAUCGGGCUCGGGUCCUUGAGCAGCGCAAUGCCAUUUUCCGCAAGCAGCUCGAGACCUUCCAGCGUAUGGAUGAACUGGCUGGGUUAGAAGAAGCUUUCGCGGCCCAGAUUGACCUCAACCGCCAGCGUGUUCGUGAACUGGCCACGGACCGGUCCAAGCUGGAACGGGAAGAGAAAGAUGCACAGCGCAUGCUGGACGAAUUCCGUAACAAGUACAGAAAUGAAUGUGAGUAUCAGCAAAUGCUGAAAGGAACCCUGGAACGCCUUAACAAGGAAGCCGAUGAAGCUUUGCUAUGUAAUUUGGAACUACAGAUUGAAUCGCAGUUCUUGCAGGAUGAUGUGAAUGCCACCAAGGACAGGUACAAGAAGAACCUCAUGGAAGUACAGGCCUAUGUCGGCAUUUUGCAACAGAUUGUGCAAACGGCCCCUCGGGUGUCCACGCUCUCAGCUGGAGCCAAUGAGGAGAAGCUGAUAACCGAGAGGAGGAUACCGAUGUUGCAAAGCCAACUAGAGGAAUACAAGAGCAUCCUUGGUCAACUCCAGGCUCAGAAGGUGAAACUGCAGACGGAGACAUCCAUGCUAGAGCAGGCCAUUAAGAACACCCAGGAGAGCUACGAAGAUGAGAUUCAGCUGUACAACGAGCAGAUUGAGACGCUGCGGAAGGGCAUUGAAGACGCUGAAAGGACCUUGGAAAAAUACACCAACGACUGCCGCCAGCUCUCCAUUUACCAGCAAUCCCUGGAGAACGAACUCCAACGCUACAAGCGUAUCAUUGAAAAUGAGGACAGCAGGUUGAAUUCUGCCAUUGUCGGAACUCCUAUGACACUGUUCACACAGAGCUACAGACCCCCGCAGAUUCCAACUCUGAGAGGAAGAGACAUUACCUUGGUCAUGCAAGAAAUUGCCAGUGCAAAACCAAGACAGAGAAGUCUUCCGAAGAAAAUCUCAAGAAGGAAGGAGAUUACACCUAAAGACCUCACCCAUGGCACUUCGUUUGAUAUAAGAUAUGACCAAACUCUGGAAGGCUUUGAUACCGAUCAGUUGGAUUUCACACACGAAGGCUUCAUGAUAGAAAGUGAGGAUAGGAAAGAAGGAGGGAGAGAAGAAGCUGAGCAAGAAAGAACCCCAGAAGAUGUGCCGGAUGGAGCCCAGAUGAGCAAAGCUUUUGACAAAUUGUGCAAUAUAGUGAGAGAGAGAAUCAGAUGCUACCAGAGACCGGAAUCUAAAACCGACAUCUAUGCUAAACAACGGUAUGUGGUUGUCACAGAGGAGGGAAGCUACGAUGACACCUUCUACCACUCUUCAUCCAUUCCUUCUGGAGGUGGGAUCUCCGUGUCUGAAGAAAAGAUGCCAAGUGGAGUUGAUGUGGAACCCAUCCCAGAGUUACCGGAACCCCUGGAAGGUGACCGAAGAGAACUGGAAGCCCGUGAGACGCAGGAGGGGUCCGAAAUGCAGGAAGAGAUGAUAUAUCAAUACAAACCAGAAAAGAGAGAAAAGGAAGGUGAAUUUGAACAGCAGGAAGAAUCUGAAGAAAGAGAGGAAGAGUCUACAAAAGAGACAGGCGUCAUAGAACCCAAGGGGACUCCAAUCUCGAGUCCAACCGAAUCCGGAAUAUACGUAGGCAGAGAAUAUGGCAGAGCGGGUGGCCCUUCUUUCAAAGAAUUGAGCCCCCCAGGUUCUCUAAGUUACGAGAAGGUUGAGGUGGUGGAAUCCAUUGAGCAAUUCGAUGACAAAAUCCAAACGUAUGAAGAAACGGCUAUGAUCGUGGAGACCAUGAUUGAAAAGACCAGCAAGAAGAAGAGUGGGGACAAGAGCUGUUGACGUGCAUCUUUGGAGAGCCAGUUUUCUCAGCGCUGUUAUCGACGCUGCGACCCUCAACACCUUUCAUUCCAUAGCAAGAUCAGCUGAAGUCAGCUGACCUAUACUUGUGUGAGUGCUUUAAGGACUGUAGCCUAAAUGACUUGCUUGGUUUGAAUUUGGGUUUGGUUUUUUUUCAUUUUCAGAGGAAAUGAUAAAAGUAGUUGUUUUUGCUGUUCGGCAUGACAGUUUGUCAGUUAAUACUCUAAUACUUCAUAAUAUAGUUCCGCUUCUGAGGUUUUUUUAGACCUGGUUCACGUAUGACCUUCUGCCACAUGGAUGCUACAGAACACUCUCCACAUAUUUCAGACUCGCACGAUGACCAUAGUGGUGUCAGUGAAAAGUGCCGUCAAAUCAUAGCUGAUUUAUGGCAACCUUGUAGGGUUUUCGAGGCAAGAGACAUCAGAGGUGGUUUUCCAUUGCCUUUUUCUGUGUAGCAACCAAGGUCUUCCUUGGUGGUCUCCCAUCCAAGUUACUAAACAGGGCUGCUUAGCUUCUGAGAACUAAAGAGAUUGAGGCCAUCCAGAUCACGAUGUUGAUGAUAUUCGACCCAAUUUGUCAUGUUACUUCUCAAGCCAGCAUCAAGAGAAGGACAUAGUAGCUACCCGGUAGAAUCGAAAAUUAGAAGUAGGCCUAAAACAGCUAUUUAAAAUUAAUAUUUAGGACUGGGGGUUAAUAAACACAAUUGUUUCAGGUCCACUAAUGGAACAAGUUUCCAACUAUGUGGUCCCAAUGCAACAAGGGAGAUCCACGUGGGUCACUCGUGCAGUUGUGUGUCAUGGAUUAGAAUUCAAUCCAUUAGAACUCAACUGAAAUUGGUGGUUUCCAUUAAUAGAGGUAGGAGACCCAACUGGACAACAGCGUCCCCUCCUGUGCUCACUGGUCUUACGCAACACUGUGAAACACAAUUUGGAUUGGGGCCAGCAUGCUUGAUGUCACAAUAUUAACAGUGCUUUUUCCUUGGAGUAAGGCCUGUUGGAUAGACCUGGGUAGGAUUCUGAGUUGACCUAAUGGUACUACAAGGUGUGUCAGGCACAUAAUGCUAGACUUCAUUAGCUUCCCUUCUGAAAUGCCUUUAUAAAGGGACAAUCCUGAGAACCUGUAUCUCUAAUGAUGCUUGAGUGAUGAAUGGUAGCUGGUGACAUGUGGUUGAUUUUCAUCUAAUAAAAGUGUUGCCUCCCACAGGAAGUGUUCUUCAAGGGGGGGAGUGGGUAUUUAACUAGGUAGGGCAGCAUUUCAGAAAAUCACUCAGACAUACUGCCUACAAUGCAGUUCAAAAUUGUGUGUGUGUGUGUGUGUGUGUGUGUGUGUGUGUGUUUUGAGUUCUGGACUUAUCAGUGAUUGGGGACAAGUUGAGAUGACUUAAAUCCUCCUCUUGGACUGGGCCAUAGUUGAAGAUGCUUGGAUUCAUCUUCUCUCCACCUUCAAAAGCAAUGAAUGUGGGCAGAGCUGACAGCGCCAAUCGUUGGUUUACCAGAGAUACGUAUUUCAGGUACACCAGAUGCUAAACCUCUUUGGAAACAGAGUUUUGAGUUGAAGUUCAUCUGUGCUUUUUCGGUGCUGAUGACCUAUACAGAGCUGUUUUGCGUCAGAUACUGACCUUCUUUUAUAAUCAGGAUUUUUAAUAGCAGUUACUUGCAGCAUUAGAAUUUUUUAAUAUAUACACACCUCCCUGCAGUUUGAAAUCUUCCAGGAAUUUUUUAAAAAGGAAAUCUAUAAAAUCCAGGUUUGCUCCCAGGAAAUGUGUGGAACGACAAAUGGGUGGGUCUUGACAUUACUCAGCCAUUGACCUCUAUACAUAAAAGCCAUUUAUGGACUUGAGAUCAGAGCCGUACUGAGGGGGAACUGCGUGUGUGCCCUGUGCCCCUGCCACGCCCCUGCCAGCUCCCGCCACGCCCCGAACACCCCCCGAACAACCCUGCCAUGCCCCUGCACCAGCACGCACCCGGGGCAAAGCGCCCCACCCCGCCCCCUGGCAGCUACGCAUCUGCUUGAGAUCUCCUUCACUUUGAAUCUACAUUCCUUUCAGGUUUGAUUCUCAGUUAUGCACAUGUUUUUCACUCUCCAGCAACCACCCUGCCUUCUCUUCAGAGAAUCCCCAUGGUUUCUAUAAGCUCUCAAAAUGUGACUUUUCCCUUCACAGGGAAUGCAACGACAAUAAGUAUGUGUUUAGCUUUCAUUGCAUCCCGCUCCUCUUUGUCUUCCCGCACCCACAGCAUCGCAUUUCCUCCUACUCGUCAGGUCGCCAUUUCAGGAUCAUCAGAACGGCUUGCUGAAAUGAAUGGAAUUUAAUGCUGAAAAUGACAUGAAAUCGAUUAGGUCCAGCAAAGUAGUGCUAACCAAAGAUGGCAAAGGGGGGG